AUGAUGGCCCAGUUAUGUGCUGUGCUUUGGAUCCUUGCUAGGUGCUGGAAUAAUUCUGUUAUUUCAUAUCUGUAUUUACCACUGUUAUUGGCCGGAUUCAUCAAGUAUGGAGAGAAUGUGCGGGUUCUGUUCACUUCACUAAGUGAGAGCUCAAGCAUUAGGCAAUCCGAUCUUGUUCAGGUAGCUAAUAUUGGAAUGAAUUUCCAAAACGUUCCUAAAAAUAUUCCAGAUCUUGAAAUCAUCUUAAAGGCCUACUACCGCUUUGUUUGCUUAAAGCCUCACAUUGAUAACUGGAUUUACAGGCCCUAUUACCAUUCUUUUCUUGAAUUCCAAGCACCUUUUAACCAAACUAUUCAUGAAUUCCUAUCUAUUGAUAAAUAUCCAUCUCAGGACAUCUUCAAAAUCACAGAUUUAGAACGGAGUUUCAUGUAUGAUACACUCUACACAAAAGCUCCAAUCAUCUAUACCCGGAUGGGUUUUGUUCUUCGUCUCAUCAGCUCUCUAAGUUUGAUUUCCACAUCAAUUGUAUUCGCUUUCAUGUUCAAAGAUGCCUUCGUUUAUUACCUAAAUGCAGGCUUCAUUUUUGUGGUUUUUGGGGUGAUUCUCACUCUGGAGGCUUAUCAAAUCUACAAACUGUCAAUCUCUGACUGGGCAAUAAUAGAGAUGAUAAAGCACAGCGACAAGCGGAUUGUGAAGUGGUUUCUGCCAAAACUAGCUCCACAAUCAAGUAAACGGAAAAAGUGGUCCAACACAUUGGGACAGUUCAACUUGAUAAGCUAUGGCCUGGUCUACAAAAGUCUCUAUUCCAGUAGAAUCCUCAAGUUUCAUGACUUGGACAUGGAGAUCAGAAAUGUUUUCUUCACAUCCAAAAUUGAUGGAAUUCCUAUAGAGUUGAAAGAACUGAUUAUCAAAGGAAUUGAAGACUUGGAAAAGGAGAAUAAUGAAUCAAAGCCCAUCGGCAAUGAUGAUGAGUGGGACUUGGAAACGGAGAAUAAUGAAUCAAAGUCCAUCAGCAUUGAUGAUGAAUGGGACUUGGAACAGGAGAAUAAUGAAUCAAAGCCCAUCAGAUCCAGCAAAUUUGACUUCGUAAAAUGGUUGGAGGACAGAGAUUUCGAAAAGAGGAUCAUAAUUUGGCACUUAGCAACUGAGAUUAUGUAUUAUCAAGACACUCGAAGGAAUGAAAGAAACGUGGAUAUAAAGAUGACAAGAUGGUUGUCAAACUACUUGAUGUAUAUUCUUGCAACACAAUCUCAAAUCCUCGGCACCAGCACCUCAAAGUUAGUAUUACGACAUGCAUGCAAAAGACUCGCCGCAUUAAUAAAAGACAAAACAGCUGAUGAGAAAGAAGCAUGCAGUGAGUUGCUCAACGGAAACUAUGUGAAAGAAGUGCCGGAAAAGAAAAGUAAACAGACUAUGGUGACCAAGGACUGGGACGUACUUGGGGAUGCAAAAAAGCUGAGUAAGGAUCUGUUGGAAAACAGAAGGAACAUGGAUGAUUUAUGGACGUUCAUACGCAGUAUGUGGGUAAAGAUGCUCUGCCUUGCGGCCAUUAAUUGUCCCACAGACUGUCACUCUGAGCAGCUCCGGCGAGGCGGGGAAAUUGUCACUCAUGUCUGGCUCAUCUUACUUCACAAGAAACAGAUAGACAAAUUAGACAUCAGUAAAAAGGAUAAAGCUCCGACUUUUUCAUCAAGCAACAAGUAA